AAAUCCACCCCCCUCCCCCCCCCCCCCAACCCAAAAAAUCCGCUGCUCCGACUUUCUCUCUCUCUCUCUCUCUAGAAAUCGGAGAAGAUGAUGCACAUGACCUUCUACUGGAGCCGGCAGGUUACGCUCCUCUUCGACUCGUGGAAAACCGACACGUGGACGAGCUACUCGCUCACGCUGCUCGCCUGCCUCCUCGUACCGGCCUUCUACCAGUACCUCGAGAACCUGCGGGUGCGGAUCAAGCGCGCAGCCUCCUCGUCUUCCCCGAAAUCGGAGUCCGACGCGCCGAUCCGGACCCCGCUGCUCGCCGCCAAGCUGGGCGGCGCCGGAGGAAGGUUCUCGGCGGGGCGGCUGGCGGAGAGCGUGCUUUUCGGAGUCAACUCGGCGAUCGGGUACAUGAUUAUGCUGGCGAUCAUGUCGUUUAACGGCGGAGUGUUCGUGGCCAUCGUUGUGGGGCUGGCGAUUGGUUACUUGGCGUUUCGGAGUGGGGACGAUGAGGUGGCGGGUGCGGUGGUGGAGACUGAUAAUCCGUGUGCGUGUGCUUAGAAUUUUCUUGUAUUAUUGUGGUUGUUUGUAAUAUAUGCGUUGCUUUGUAUUUAAUGGUAAGUCGGCAGAUCUGCUUUCAUUUUGUUCA